AUGGUACAUUCGAAGGGAGGUUUCACACUACGCCACUUCCUGUCCAACAAGUGGGAGGUUCUACGUGGUAUCGAAGAAGUGGCUAACGAGGACUGUAAGGACUUGUCUCUGGAAAGGGCAGAGCUCUCCGAAUCGGUACUAGGGAUGAAGUGGCUGCCUAGAGAAGACGUGUUCACCUUUUCCUUAGUGAUGCGAGGAGAUAUUCGGCAUAUUCUGGAGCCUCGUUACAUUCCCACAAAGCGGGAGGUUGUCAAAGUGGUCAUGACGCUUUUCGAUCCACUGGGAUUGAUAUCCUUCUUCCUUGUCCACGGGAAAAUCCUUAUCCAGGAUAUCUGGGCUAGAGGAACGGACUGGGAUGCUGUUAUUCCGGAUGAUUUGUACGAUAGAUGGCAGCGAUGGACGACUUUAUUCUCGAAAUUAGAACAGUUGCGAAUCCCCAGAUGCUAUUUCGGCUCCGAAAUCCCAGAAAACUACAACAAUCUGCAAAUCCAUGUCUUCUGUGACUCCAGCGAAGAAGCUUUCGCUUGUGCAGCCUACUUGCGUUUGGAAGUUAAAGAUGUAAUACAAGUGGUACUGAUCGGUUCAAAAACUAAAGUUGCUCCGUUGAAAACAGUAUCAAUACCUCGACUUGAACUGAAAGCUGCCGUCCUUGGUACUCGUCUGUUGGAAACUCUCCAGUCGUACCACAGCCUGCCGAUAUCACAGAGAUUCAUGUGGAGCGACUCAAGUACCGUAAUCUCCUGGAUUCGCUCCGACCAGCGUAGAUACCAUAAAUUCGUGGCCUUUCGCAUCGGUGAAAUUCUAACGGUAACCAGUCCCACGGAGUGGAGAUGGGUGCCGACUAAAUUAAACGUCGUGGACCAAGCAACGAAGUGGAACAAUGGCCCCCAGCUUUCAAUCGAGAACCCCUGGUUUCACGGACCAAGCUUCCUAUUCGAACCCGAAGCUGCAUGGCCAGUACAGCGUUCAGUCAACCAAACAAAGGAAGAACUCCGUUCAAACAUCCUACUAUGCCAUCUCGCACCGCAGACGGACAUUCCGAUAGAAAUCUCUCGAUUCAACUCGUGGACAAAGCUUCAGCGAUCGGUGGCAUUUGUGUUUCGUUACGUGGACAAUUGCAGCCGAAAAAGGAAACAGGAAAGCAUGCAGCUGGGAGUACUCACUCAAACUGAACUGGAAAAAGCUGAGGAAUUGCUAUGGAAGAUUGCACAGAAGGAUGCCUUUCCAGAAGAAAUAUCCAUUCUUGUGCGAUCGCAAGGAACACCUGAGGAUCGACAUCGUACCGUUCAAAGAUCAAGCUGUAUCUACAAACUGUGGCCAUUCGUUGAUGGUCGUGGUAUCUUGAGGAUGCGUGGCAGGAUUAGUGCAGCUCCCUAUACGUCGAAUGACACCAAGUUCCCAGUAGUUCUGCCCAAAAAUCAUCCAAUAACAUUUCUUGUCGUAGAUUGGUACCACCGCCGAUACCGUCAUGCCGUUCGAAAUUUCGAAGCUAAGAUCGUUGGUCGAAAAGGUUACAAAAAAUUGUUUUUGGUGUCGCGUCGCAAAAGCCACUCCACGGCCUCCCGCCAUGGCCACGCUGCCUGA